ACGUUUUAGCUUGAGCGGUUAAUGAGUUAUUUCAAACAUCCGUGGAAAUUCAUCGUUUAUAUACCAGUUUGAUGUAUAUAUAUAUUGAAAUAUAACUUCAUCAGUUUAGAAGUUUAAACAGCGAAUAUUUCUAAAAUGGCUGGAGAUUUUAGUAUACACACCGGUAUGAAACGUGAAUUUGGCAUUCUGGACUAUAUACUUUUUUCUCUGUUAUUCGUACUGUCGGCAGCUAUAGGAAUUUACCAUGCAUACAGGGACAGAAAGAAUUUCGAUGUCAAACAUUUUCAUCUCGGAGGCAGACAAAUGCAUCCACUUCUUGUUAGUUUUUCGCUGGUGGCGACUUUCCUUUCCGCUUUAACUGUAAUUGGAGUACCGGCGGAGAUAUACACGUAUGGAACUAUGUACAUCUGGCUUAACUUUGGAAUGUUUGUGGCAACAGCUGGAGCAGCGCACGUAUUUCUGCCCAUCUUUUACCACUUGAACACGACGAGCUGCUUCAGUUAUCUACAAUUGCGGUAUGGAACAGUAAUUAGACUUAUGGUGUCAAUUAUGUUUAUACUACAAACACUGCUUUACAUGGGAUUUAUACUUUAUGUUCCAUCUUUGUCCUUCCAGGCGGUUACUGGGCUAUCGCUAUGGGGUACUAUGAUAGGUGUUGCGUCCGUCUGUACGCUGUAUACGCUGUUAGGUGGGAUGAAGACAGUUUUAUGGACGGACAGUCUACAACUAAUUAUCAUGUUCGCUGGACUUCUAACAUUACUUAUUAUGGGAUCUGCUAAGGUUGGUGGCUUUUCUAAAGCAUGGCAAACUGCAAGUGAACACGGCCGCAUUGAAUUCACAGAUUUUUCACUAGACCCCCGCACAAGGCAUUCGGUAUGGUCUCUAGGUAUCGGAGGAGGCAUAUUUUGGUCAUAUCUUUACGGAGUCAACCAGUCACAGGUUCAACGUCAAUGUUCACUUCCGACCUUGCGGAGAGCACAGAUUGCCGUAUGGUUAAACUUCCCAGGAUUAGUUCUGAUAUUCACACUGGCCUGCUUGAUUGGCGUCGUAAUGUAUGCAUGUUACAGUGAAUGUGAUCCUGUUAAGUUUGGACUCGUAGAUAAAGCUGACCAGAUUUUACCAUUAAUGGUUCUCGACGUGCUUGGGACAACACAAGGCUUAGCAGGUAUAUUUAUGGCAUGUGUGUUUAGCGGAAGUCUUAGCUCAAUGUCUUCUGGGCUAAAUGCAAUGUCAGCUAUUGUAACCGAAGAUUAUUUCAAAUAUUACUGUUGUAAAUCUCUAUCUGGCAAGAGAGAAUUGAUGGUUUCGAAACUCAUAGUACUUGUUUUUGGAUUUGUAAUGUUUUCUGUCGCUGCCAUUAUUUCUGAAACUGACAGCUUGGUUAUUUUACAACUAUCAUACUCAUUGUAUGCAGUACUGUCAGGUCCAAUGUUUGGCUGCUUCAUAGUAGGCAUGAUAUUCCCAUGGACAAAUAAGCAUGGCGCUCUAGCAGGGUUGAUUACUUCAUUAGGGUUGAUGAGUUGGUUAGGUUUUGGUGCACUCGUAAACCGUCCACCAGGCACUAAACCAUUACCAGUAUUCACCGAUGGCUGCAACUGGGAAGUAACAGGCACCAAUUUCUCUAUUACAACAGUUUCGUCAUCCCCACAAUCUAGUUUAUCUACAACUUCUGUAACUAAUGGACUAGAAGCAGAUGAAGCGAUGGUAGACAACUUCUAUAGAAUGUCAUACCAAUGGUACCCUGCUUUUGGAAUGUUAACGAACAUAGUAGUGUCACUUAUUGUAAGUUUCAUCACGGGAUACACCGAUCCAAGUACUAUUAACAAUAAACUAAUGUGUCCCCUGUUUUUUAAAAUGUUUCCAUGUCUACCGACAAAAUUCAGGAACUACUUGUACUUUGGCGUAAAUUACGAAAAUGAAACAUCGGAUAAGAAACCCGAUGAAGAAGUCAGUCUGUGUGUGUCUAGUGAUAAAUGUAAGCGUAAAGAUGUUUGUGUCUAGUACUAAAUGUAAACACGAAGAUGUUUGUGGCAAGUGCUUAAUGUAAACGUGAAGUGCUUAAUGUAAGCGCCAAGAUGUUUAUGUAUAGGGCUAAAUGUAAACGCGAAGAUGCUUUUUUUGUCUAUGCUAAAUGUAAACGCCAAAUGUUUGUGGCCAGUGCUAAAUGUAAACGCGAAGAUGUUUGUGUCUAGUGCUAAGUUUAAACGCGAAGAUGUUUGUGUCUAGUGCUAAAUGUAAACUCAAGGAUGCGACGGCAUAGCUUUCUACCUAAAUGACAUUGGUUUUCAAAACAUUUCCCGUCAGCAUGGAACACUUUUUCAUUUCAAAUAUUUGACAGUAGCCUAAGCUAGAAAACUGUGAGUAGGACUAUAUAUAACCCGUGAUUGAAUCCAACAUAUACCGAGAUUUCGUCGUUUUGUUUUCUUGUUGGCAUUGUUAAUUUCCACAAGGAAAGUCAGUUGGAUUUUCUCCUCAGCAACUAACUUUAUGUAUCACGGACCGUGUGCUUUACAUGUAACAGUCCGAAAAACGGCGAUGUCAUUUGUACACAAGCAACCAUUAUUAUGUAACGUUAUUUUACUUGCUUAUUAGAAACUUAAGGAUCUCUGUCUGGGUUAUCCCUGACACAUUGCUUAAUGACAGCUCUAUGUUCAAACUUUUCAUUAGAAGUUACGAUUUUCUCCCAGAAACAGAUCCAAAGUGUCAAAAUAAGGGCUUUGGCUAAAUAUUUACAUAAACAAUUCAUUCACGA